AUGGUGAUAAACAGUUGGUCCCAUAUUCCAGGUGGUGUCUACUGCCCCUUUUCCACCAUAGGACCAGAGGACUUAAAAUCAGCCAAGAUGAUCAUCAACACCACUGACUCGAUCAUCAAAGACGACAUACGCCGCAUCAAGCUUAUCACCUACAUCAAGAAACACAUUCACAACUGCGCCGCGUUUGAAAUCGGAUACGUCACUUUUAUCAUCCAAGAAAAAUACAGAAUGAUGCUUGACAAAUACAACACCAGCGCAACGAUGAUGACCGAUUUACACCUUAUGGAACAUAUUAUGUACUUAGAGGAACUGGAACACCUGUACUGGGAUAUAGAUCACCUUUACGGAAUGAUACACGAGAUAGAGAGGAAGUACAGGAUAAAAGAUAAUCGGAAUUUCGUGCCAGAUUACUUGGAGACGACGACCCUCGAUCCUGCGGAAGAAGAAGCUACUAUGACAACGCUGUUUAUGCCGACGGCGCGGCAGAAGCAGAAGAAGUUGAGAAGAGAAGAGAAGAUGCGGUUCAAAUGGAAGUUGGAUGCACUAAUGACUGGAUCGACGAGGAAGCGGUCAACGAGAUGGUGGUGGCCGUUGGAGUAUGGAUGGGAGAUUGAUUAUUGGUGGGGACCUCCAACACCAACACCAGCGUACUGA